AUGUCUCCCAACAGCACAGCGCCUACAGCGCACCAUUGUGGGGACCGGCUCUGUCCAAGCCUGGCUGCCGAAGGCCACCAAGCUCAGGACUUCCAGGAGUUGGCAGAGCCCUGGGCCAGUUCCCGCCUCACAGUUUCCCUCCCCAAAGCCAGAGGUGCAGGUGACCAGCAGAGUUCUCAGGAGCUCUUGGUGUUGGCUGACCUCUGUGUACGCAUGGUCAACUGGCUGAACACUGAUUCUGCUCUGAGCUGGCCACCAAGCCUCCUUGAUGUGUCUGUGUUGGUAGAGGUCACACUGCCUCCACAGCAGUCCUUCCAGUGUGCCAAGCAGGAACCUGGCAGGGCAGAUUAUUUGGAUUUGGGGAUCUUGGGAGAGUACUCGAAUUUCCAUCCAUCCUGGGAGAAUGUGGCAGUCAGUAAGAUCAAGAACAUGAUGGUCACAGAGCAGGGCCUGGCACUGGACACCAUCUGCCAUUUCCUAGAGGAGCACAGCCAGCUCUGGGAAAAGCAGAAGACGCCACCCAGGGAUUCCCCUGUGCAGAAGCUCCUAGAAUUUCUCAGCCUGGACCCCAAGCAAACUGCUGAUAAGGCCUUGCUCUUCCAUCUCUAUGGGCUGAUCCUGCGUGAGUGCCCCAGCACGGAGCAGGUUCAGUGCCACCUAGCCAACCUCCUGGAGCUGUCCCACCAGCACUCCAGCUACCGAGAGGGAAUUGCGCUGGCUGUGGGCCUGGCCUCCACCGAACACUUGCAGGAGGUAUGGGCCCUGCUGAAGCACCUGGGACGCAACAAGAUCCUGCGUUCAGCCGAAGUGUCCCCAGACAGCCAGGAUGAGAUUCUGAAGUCAAGCUUCCUGUCUGCGGCCAUCCUGCUCACUAGAUCGCUUCGGGAAGAGUAUGGCUCCCAGAGGUACAAGUUCACGCAGAUUCCAGAGCUCAUCCAGUGCCUCCUGGACAUCCUCAAGGAUGAGCCCAACUUCCUGACCACCUUCUUCAGGCAGAAGAUCAUCCUGGUUGUCAUGGGUCUAAGUAACCUGCGACCCGGACUCAAACCCCUGCUCAAGUCCCAGGUCCUGCAGACUUGCCUGCACAGUGUGUACAGGCUUCCCGCUACUGAGCACCUACAGAGUGAUUCGCCUUCAUCGAAACAAGCUCCAGAUGUCAUGGUGCUGUACAAGAAGACAAUGCAUGCCCUGGACCUGCUCCUUCAGAACUUCAUCUCUGAGAACCCGAGCAUGGAUGAGGUCUGCUUCCUCCUGCAGCACACAGAGUACUGGUUGAUAUCUGACAAGAGCCAUGAGCGCAGCCGGGCUGUCCAGUCCAUCUUCCUGCUUCUGCAGUAUGUGGUAGACUCUUUGAAGCUUGCUAAAGAGGCCGUGCCGUCCACGCUGGGCCACCAGCUAGGCCUCCUGACUCUGCUGUGGCGGGAUAAAGACGAGAUCACACAACAGCAUUCCUACUGCUGUGUCUUCCUCCUCAUGCAGCUCGUGUUCCAGCAGAAAGGGAAGUUGGUGGAGUUCGCACAGUGGAGCAAGAUGAAGCAAUUUGAAACCAGCGAGCCUAGAGAGUGGGAGGUGAAGCUCUACCACAUGGUGAAGACCUUCAAGAACCUGACAGUGGCGCAGCACACACAGCUGAUCCUUACCCUGGUGCACAGUCUGGACAGCUGGAACUACCUCCGCUGCGACCUUGCUGCCCAGCUCCUACUGAUGAUCUGUGAGGAACCCAGUUUACAGAAGGAACAGGUAGCUGAGAUCUUGCAAAGCCUGUUCCAGGAACUGCCAAACAUCCGCUCUCAGAGUAUUCAGCAGACCAUAAGUAAGGUCACCAUGACUCUGGGGACCCAGCAUAUUCAGGAGGUGGUGGAGGUGGUCUUGUCCCUAUGUCACCCCUCAGAUAGGUGGAUCCUACUGCUGUGGAAGGCUCUGGCUACCAACUACCACUUAGCUCGUGAUGUUAUAACCCUGCUCUAUGUAAAGUUGAAACUGCGGCCACCCAGGAGGCUCCUCCACUCCUCAUAUCAGGCCCGUCUGGUCUCCCUGAUGGCACUGGACACCAUUUAUGAGCUUCUCUACACCCCGGAGUACAGGGACACGGUCCGCUGGGCUUUCGCAGGGAUCCUUCUGGGCCUCCUCACAGAACUCUACUACCUGCUGGAGGUGGGCCUGGUGGAGGGUAUCUUUGACUACCAGGAAGACAAUCUAGCCUCUAAGCCCCUGGGGCCCUGCAGGACCUGCCUGGAAGCCCUCAAGGGCCUCUUUUGGACCAACGAGUACUGGGAAGUGUUUGCUGAUGUCAAGCUGAUCCAGGGCUGGGAGCUUUUUGCGCAUUUGGAAACCUUCCCAAAGGGAGUGACCCUUUUGGCCAGGACCAUGGCUCACUAUAACUGCGAGGUCAAGGCUGUCUUGGGGCAGGCUCUCAUCUCCCUGAAGAGCACUGAGGAGCGCGACAACAUCGUGGCCAUCUGCAUCAUCACCGAGUUUCUCAACAGCCCAGAUAUCUGCCAGAACUUGUCUCAGAAGGCCAUGGACCACUCCCUGAACCUGGGCCUUUCCAGCCGCAACCACAUAGUGCGAGUUCUGAGCUUGAAGGGGCUAGGCAGCACCCUGAUGCAUCCUUACAAGGUAACUCUGCUAAGAAGUAAGUUGACGGAGCUUUUGGACAACUUCCUGCAGCCUGAGUUCGAGGAUCUUUUGGGCCUGAUGGAGAUCAUGGGCCACCUCCUACACCGUCUGGGUGUCCAUGGCAUUGGAAUUGCCAGCUUCAAGAUUGCUCAGCGCCUUCUCAGUCUGUUCACAGAUGAAAGAGCAAAGGUACGAGAACAUGCCAUCUUCCUGUUUGGAGAUGUCAUCCACUAUGGUGGCAAGAAGUUUCGACAGAGCCUCAAGAUCCUGGCUUUCCGAGCUAUAGUGCCCCUGCUCUUCCACAUGGCUGACCCCUGCCCAGAAGUGGCCGUGAAGGCCAAGUACACCUUCCUGCGCUGCGCCAUCUUCUUAAAGUGGGAGUUCCAGAAGGAGCUGUUUGGCAAGCUGGCAUGGGGCCAAGGGCCCGGCGCUGAGAAUGAAAUUUUUGUCUACAUGAUAGAAAGCAACUUCGGCAGCCACCAGCAGUUUCUCAGUCAGGCCUUGUUGUAUCUGGACAGCCCCCACAAGAACCUGAAGCUGGCAGCCAUGAGGUUCAUCGGGGGAUUGCUUCAGGACUACUUCAAUGAACUCUGCUUCUACUUGACAAAGGACGAUGUGAUCAUCCUGAAGAACUAUUUGGAGGCCCUCAGCCAUGACACAGACUCCAGAACCAGAAAGUUCUACCUGAACCAUUGGGAUGAUGUCAUAGAGCUGUCCCACUAUGGCACAGAAGAUGACAAGAGGGAGCAGAAAGAGCCCGUGCGCUUCCCACACCAGUACAAGACGAGAGUGCAUCUGAACUAA